GAUAAACAUUCUUUUUUAAAAACUAUAAAAACCUUUUCUACCCGUUUUUCUUUUCUUUUCUCCUCCUAUUUAGUAUUCUUUUGUCUAUCCCGUGAUUCUUUUUCUUUCUUUUUUUCAUUCUUUCUCGUAUCUCUUUUUUGGCUCCUCCCGUUAUUUCAUAUCGGUGUGUUUAGCUUAGGAUCGCGGUACACCCGGUCUCUUUCUCUCGUUCUCUCUCGUUCUAUCUCUCCCUCAAACGCGAGGGUUUUGCUCGUUGGUGUUGCGCUGUGACUUCGGUUCGUUUCCAUUUUCUAUUUUGUAUUUUAUUCGAAGUUGUAAUUUCUCUUCUUCUUCUGUUUUUUCUUUCUUUCUUUCUCAGCUCUUCUCCCCUCACUUCGUUCAUCGCUACCCUCUCUCAGUGGCCUUUCUGGAGUUUCGCUGCAGGCCUCCUCCUCGCGAAAACACCGCGCACCCCCUUCCCACAGAUACACAGACAAACGCCGCCAUCCAGAUUUGCCACCCACAUGGGGGAAAAGGGCACGAGAGAAGGACUGUUGUUUCAGAACCGCUUUUGAAUACUAUUUUUUUUCUCUGGCUUGUCCAUCAGCUCUCAUUUUCUGUCUUGGAACGACAACUGAUUCGAAAAGUCGCCGAGUUGUUUUCUUCUUUUUUGUGUGAGGUUUUUUUGUUGUUGUUGUUGUUGCACGAUCCACUCUCUUCUCUUGUUGCCGCCUGCACUGUCGGUUCUCUUCUACUCUGCUUCGCCGCUCUCAACGGCUUCCAUUGAAUCCCCUUGCAAGAUACAGCGGGCGCUUCAAGCGGCACGAGGAGUCUAACCGAGCGAGACCGCACACGCGCACGCGUACUCAAAAAGAAAAAGGAUAAGAAGAGAAUAGGAGAAGAUCCAAAAUGUCCUGCAUCACCGCCCCCAUCAUGGCCACCAACCUCUCGCUGGUGGACCCCCUAAUGAAGCCGCAGCCGGCAAUGGCUCCUGUCUCAAAGAGCCAAUUCACCGUCUCGUACACCAACCGCGCGUCCGGCGCGUCUCUCACGACCCCCGUGUGCGCUCGCGAGGAUGUGACGGUGCAGAAGGCUGCGGCGGACGUGAGCAGGCAGCAACAGAUCGACGCCUUCAUUGCUGAGCACGAGAAGCGGAGUGUGAUGACGGAAGGCGACCGCCGCGCGAGCACCAUUAUACUGCUCAACAUGGCCGCCCAGCGUGAUGUGGAAGCUGCCCGACAGGCUGACUACCCCCAGCAGGUGGUAGACUUCAUGUGCCAAACCUGGAGCGCCUUCAUUGCGCAAGCGAAAGAGUUCUACCUGCCGGAUGCCGAGAAGCCGCACACGAUGGAGCUGAGCCGCACCGCGUUGGAGAACAUCUCCUCCAUCGGCAUCUGGUUCAACGGCCCUCAGAUCUCCCUCCCACUACGCCGCUACACGGUGCAGGUCGUCGGCACCGACGGCAACCCGCAGAGUAUCACCGCCGUGGGUCUGCUGAGCUUCGCGUACUCGUCGUACGUGAUGCAGCUCCGUUCCAUGGCGCAGCAAAGCACGCUGGAGAAUCUCGCCCGCAUCCAGGAGCAGCUGGGUGCCAAGACAUUCUUUGUUCCGCAACUCCUUGUGGCGCCUUCGUAG